AUGUUUCUUGCAUAGAGAUUUCUUCGAAUUUUUCGAUGAAGAAUAUACUUAGCUGUGAGUUGAUUGGCUGUUAGUGCUUGGUUUACCUCUCAAAAGACAUAUUCGUCAUAGACUUGAUGAGGUACAAUCUACCUUCAUACAAUUUUACCUACCACAUCGAUCAUCUCAUUAGAAUUUGAAAGCUACUUCAAACGACGGUCGCCUUCAUCUACAGUUUUAUUUCUGUGCAACGAAUUCAACUUCUCCAAAUAUGAUUAUCUUUUUGAUACUAAUUGUACUCGGAGUCAGCAUGGCUGAUGUUCAUCGAUCUAAACGUUAUCUGAUUUUCCCUCCAACCGCUCCCACUAGAGUUCAGUUAAUCGGCGGUAUUGGUAUUCCAGUCGAUUUGGACUUUGAAUCUGUCACACUUGGCUAUGUGUUGAAAGCAGAAUACUUUGUGCCGGACAAUACAACUUUAGUGAUGCACUUUAUGCAAGAUCCAUUUAAUCCGAUCACUCGUCCCGUAACCAGUCGUCGUAAAAGAAGUUCUUUGAAUGAUCAACAAACGGAAACCGUCGACGAACAUAAAAUAAUUGGAAUGCAAGCUAAUCAAACAAACAGUUCAACCAUUAGCGAUGGUUACGAGAAAUACGAUAUCGAAGCUGUAGAAAUUGAUAGAGGUAAUGACACCACCGGUGAAGACUCAGAGUAUUAUGAUGAUUUCAGUGAUGACGAGGACAAGGUAUAUACGGCGGCGGACUAUCGCAUAUCUAAACCGAAUGAUUUUGCCACCGCUCGAUGGAGUUUAUUCAAGGGUAUCGAAAUGUUGGCGGAGAGAAGUGGUCUAGCAGGAAGACCCUGUAUGCUCCGAAGUAUAUGUGAAUCAGCGCAAGCACCGUUUACCUUUAAAAGUGGGAUACUUGGCGAACUGAUGCACAUUAUAAUGACACCUUCAUCGACUAAAGAUAAGAUAAACGAUCACUCGCAAAACGAAUAUCUUCGUGCGGAGGAGUUUGGUAGAUCUGGAGCUCCAUGUGAGAAAAUCUUUAAAGAAUGUCCAAAAUCUUUGUUGGAUCAAUUUACCGGUAUUUAUGGCUCAAUGGAGAAUAUAAUAAAAUUGAUUGGUUGAAAUCUAGCGUCUUUUUGUUCGAUAAA